AUGGCGACGACCGACUCGAGUGAUCGGCGACAGUUGUUGCAGCAAGCGGAAAAGAUUCUGCUGCAUCCGAUAUACCCACAUCUCAUUUCCUACUGCCCUACUAUGGACCUUGUAGCCUUAGUCACCGAUGAAGAGAACCUCGACGUCUACCGCAUCAAUGGCCAACGAGCUUUUGGGUUGAAGAGAAAGAGUGAGGACAUGCGCGUGGAUGCGUUGCAAUGGGAGUUCAAUGGCAAGAGCAUUGCUGUUAGUUGGAGUGAUGGCAGCACAGACUUGGUGAGUGCCGAGACGGGCAAGGUCACGCACAAAGACGUUAUGCUACCGGAAGUUGAGGGAGCUGGUAGUGGUACGACGAAUGAAGAGGCUCCAGCCAGAGUGAAGUGUAUAGGCUGGGGCUUAAACUUCAUCAACGUGGAGGCUGUAAAGAAACGGACUGGGUUAAAACCGAAGAAGGCGGAUGGUGCUACACCUGCGAAGACCGAUGUCUUUGGCAAUCCUACGACAGAGGAAUGGGAUGCGUUCAAGGACGAUACCACGCUAGAGGACUUCCUGCAGCGACAGCCAGACUUUCAGACGUUGGAUAUUGCGCCCGAUCUACCGGAUCAGCUUGCUAUGAUGGACAUGGAGGCACUGCUGCCCAAGCUUCCUGCGAUACCUUUGCCACCGGCACUGCCCUUUAUGCGUAUCUCACAAGCGGAUUCUGGAGCGUUUAGUUCGCAAGCAGAGGUAGACUCACUCCUGCACUCGCAUCACCUGAAAGAUCACAACUCCGUCGACAUGUUCAUUCGACUGACCGACCACGGAACCGUCCAUCCUUCAAUCUACGACUCGCUCGAAACAGUUAACGUCCAGCUACCAAAAGCUUGGAACAUGUCGAGCACGCCAUUACUACAUACAAGCCAUCCGUACAGUUGCACGCACAGCCUCCUCAUACAAACAGCGUCUACCGCCUCUCCACAAAAGAAGAACAUCGCGUACGUCCCUCUGACACUAAACUUCAUCCCCUCAGCAGGAAUCUACCUCCACCUUAUCGCCGCAAAAACUUCGCAACUCCAAAAUCUCCUCCUCUACAUCACGCAAACUCUCCAACGUAUCCGCGCCUUCUUCAAACAUGCCCAAGACUUACCCCGCAAAUUCAUGAUGAACAUCAGCGAAACGCUUGAGGAGAAAGAAUUAGGUGACUUCGUCACAAACCUCUUCCACACGGCAUGCACGGGGAACUGCAAUCCAGUCCUCAAAGAAUGGCUCGUCGAUGAACUUGCGGAAGCAGGUCAUAAGCGCUGGGAUAAUACCGUCACUUCAUCUUUCACUACGCUUCUUGCUCUCUUGCAUGAGAAUCUCAUUCCUGCACUUGAUCGUUGUUCCAUUGUCAUCUCGCGUCUGCGCGGUCUUGCGCAAUUCCACGACCGAGAGUGGAUCUUCAGUGGUCCGAUGACUGAGUUCGCAGCGCUGCUGGAGACGCUGAAGAAUAUGCGGUUGCUUGCUCAUACGGCUAUGUUGUAUGCAUCAGAGGAGAAGAGACAGUUUCAUAGCUUUAGUAAAUGGCUGAGGUUUACCAUUGACUUCGAGGCUACAGAGUUGGACUCGCAGUCUAGAGCUGAGAUGGAACAACGGGAUCCUGGAGUGGAUAUUUCACAGGUGUUGGCGUAUAUCCAAUAUGGACUUACCAGGUCGGAUGUUGCGCCGUUCUUCAAACCAGAAGCGCAACUGGAUCCUAAGGCUAAGGGAAGAGAAGCGGCGAGCUAUGAGGAUACAAAGAAGGCUGUUGAGUUGUUGAAGGAAGGUGCGACGUUUAAAGAAGAGGCGUUGUGUUUGGAACAUGUACUUGGGCAUCUAAAUGCAGGUGUCACCGGGCUGCUGAAGCAGGUUAGUAGGUGGCAGGAAGCUAACAUACAGAUGAAUUCUGGUGUGGUACUUGAAGAUGCUGGGGAGACGGGUGAGAUGGGUGUACUGGAUAUGAGAAUGGUGUUUGAGCCAUCCACGUCUUCAGACAUUAUAAGCACAUACGUCGCCCUCGCUUCCCAAUCAUCACCUACCACUAUAAACAUCCAUCGCCUCUCCCAUACACAAAGUAUAUCCAAUCUACGCAGGGACAUACACGCCUACGCGAUCUCCACCCUCGACUUCUCCGCCUCGCCUUCCACAAAGGGCAUGAAGGUGCUCGAUGCAAAAUUCGCGGACGACACUUCUCUGCUCGUCCUCCUCCAACUUCCCUUGGAGGAUGAAUCCACAUCGAACGUCAUCAUUUCCCUACCUUAUACUCCUACCACGAAUAGCGCGUCUCAUGAACAUCCUCUUAUUACUUACACGCCACUUCCACACGCAUCGGUACAACAUCAUCUCCUUCCACAGGGCACGCCGCCGCCUUCGCUGUCGCGUGGCAACAUGUCGAUCACGCGUGAGACGAUCGAGAAGCACACGAGACACGUCUUUGAAGGCCGGUUCACACCACUGAGGUUAAUCGUCAAUGGCAGGAAAGGUAGGAGGGUGAUUGUAGUGUUAGGGAGCGAUAAAAAACAUUACAGGGUGCUGGAUUUGGACUUUAUGAUGAAGAAAAACAAGGAGGGCAGAGAUGAAGAUAGUGGGAGCGAGAGUGAGAGUGAGGCAGACAGAGAUGGUGACGUGGAGAUGGGUGGAGCAUAG